UUGCAAAGAAAAUUUUUUUCUGGCAAAGAGAAACAAAGCAAAGCAAUAGUCAAAAGAGAGAAAGGCGAAAGAGGAGACAAAGGAGCGAAACGGAGAAAAACAGAGGAGCAGGAAGCAAAGCAGGAAGGGAUUGGAUCAGAUUGGAUUGGAUACGAACGCGAAAGCAAUCGGACAGGCUUGGGAACAGGAUGAACAACGGAUUCAGCACCGGUGAAGAGGACAGUCGCGGGCACACGGACCAAACGUGCUGCCUAAUCGACGACAUGGAGCGCUGUCGCAACCAGGCUGGCUACGCCAGCUACUCCAAGCGCAUCCAGAAGACGGUGGCCCAGAAGCGGCUCAAGCUCAGCAGCGAUCCGGCCGCGCAGCACAUCUACAUCUGUGACCACCACAAGGAGCGCAUCCAGUCGGUGCGCACCAAGCGACGGCGCAAGGACAGCGAGGACGACAGCAACGAGACGGACACGGACCUGCACGAGUUCCCCGAUCUCUACCAGCUGGGCGUGAGCACGCUGCGACGCUACAAGCGCCACUUCAAGGUCCAAACGAGGCAGGGCAUGAAGCGGGCGCAGCUGGCGGAUACAAUUAUGAAACACUUCAAGACAAUACCCAUCAAGGAGAAGGAGAUCAUCACGUUCUUCGUGUACAUGGUGAAGAUGGGCUCGAAUAAGCUGGACCAGAAGAAUGGCCUUGGCAACGACACCACCUGAAGGCGCGUCGGCGGGCGGAGGGAGGAGGAGGACGCCGACGACGUCUACUCCUUUUAACGCUGGCCAACUGCCGAUCAAAAAAAAAAGUAAACACACACGCACUUCUCACAUUGUUGCUGCAUUUGCUGGACGUCGGCAUUGUUGACCAGAAUAAGGAUGAACGAGAAUACUGAUAGUGCAAUGCCUCAUCCUCAUCCGUGUGACCUCCUAGUAACCUAAUCCCCCCUACCCAUAAGCCACCACUGCCCAAACCCUUAAACCUUUCCUCGACUCCCCGGAACACAAAAGUAAUAUGCAAUGAAAGAACGUAAGGAAAAAGGCAACUGGUGCUCCCACAAAAAA